GAUAAGUGGCAGAAAACAGUGUGUCAGAAUCGAAGGUGAAAUCAGUAGCAGAACAGUCAGCUACAGAGUUCCAUUAGAAACCGUUUUGGGACCUGUUCAGUUUAUCCUUUACGUAAACUCCUGUGAAAGUCACAGGUCUCGAUGAUGACCCGUGAUUUUUUUCAAAGAUGAAAACUGGAACACCCUGAAACAAAAAGUCAUUGGCACAUUUCCCAUCACUAUUGAAUAUUUUGAUAGCAAUUUAUCUACAUUAAAUCCGAAAAAACUACUUAUGUACCAUUUACCGAAACCGACCUACCAACCUGUCAUUGAUGUUCCUGUGGGAAAUGAUGUGGCACAAUUGUAAUUCUUCAACACAGUCAAACAUUUGAGUGUAAUUCUUGAAAGUCAUCUUAAAUGGAAUGCGCAUAUGAAAAACAUAAACAAUCUGGUAUUUAGUGGGAAAAUUGAAAUACCUACUUGAAAAAACUUCCUGGCUUGAGACAUCUCAAAACUGAAUUUUGGAAUGUUCCUUUCUGGAACCCAGGAAAAAACAGUCGUUGGGAAAGAAGAGAAAGUUAUCAAUAAAAAUAUGUCACCAACAUCUUAUGACAAAGAAUUUGUUACUGAAAAUGUUAGUUUCUUUGAAGACAAAAUGCCACAAAAAACAGAGGAAGUUGAUAAAACAUUUAGUUCUGAAUACUAUUCAAAUUCAUUUGAAGAGAAUGGAGUUCCUGAGAAAAAUGGAAGAAAUGAUACCGAAAAUAGACCAACAAAAAAGAUCCCACAUGUUUGCAAAAUAUGCACAAAAUCAUUCCGUAGAAGUUAUGAAUUGAAAAGACAUGAAAAACUUCAUACUGGGGAAAAACCAUUUCAGUGUGAAAUCUGCUCGAAAUCAUUCUUUCGGAAAUAUGAUUUGAAGAGUCAUGAAAAGAUUCACACUGGCGAAAAAUCAUUUCAUUGUAGAUUCUGCUCUAAAUCAUUCAGUCAGAAAAUUAAUUUGAAAACUCAUGAAAAAAUUCAUACUGGUGAAAAACCAUUUCAGUGUGAAAUCUGCUCUAAAUCUUUCAUUCAUAAAAGCCAUCUGAAGGAUCAUGAAAAGAUUCAUACAUGUGAAAAAUCAUAUCAGUGUAAAAUCUGCUCCAAGUCACUCACUAGAAAGCAUGACUUGAAAAGGCAUGAAAAAAUUCAUACAGGUGAAAAACCAUUCGAGUGUAAAAUCUGCUCUAAAUCAUUCAGUCAAAAAAUUAAUUUGAAACGUCAUGAAAAUAUUCAUACUGGUGAAAAACCAUUCCAGUGUGAAAUCUGCUCUAAAUCUUUCAUUCAUAAAAGCCAUCUGAAGGAUCAUGAAAAGAUUCAUACUGAUGACAAAUCACAUCAGUGUAAAAUCUGCUCUAAGUCAUUUACUAGAAAUCAUGACUUGAAAAGGCAUGAAAACAUUCAUACUGGCGAAAAACAAUUCAAGUGUAAAAUCUGCUCUAAAUCAUUCAGUCAAAAAAAUUAUUUGAAACAUCAUGAGGAG